UUCAUUAAAUUUACUUGUCGUUUUAUUAUUUAAAAUAACCAAAUUUUUGAAGAAUUUUCUCAUUUUUGUCUUGGAAGAUGGGUUACGAUUUAGACAGAUUUCACGAGAAAAUUUCAAGUAGCAUGAUUUGCAGCUUAUGCCGCGGAGUCAUGGAGAAGCCAACAACUGAGCCAACCUGUAAGCAAAAAUUUUGCCAGGCAUGUUUGGUGGCGUUUUGGUCCGUGUCUGGAAGGUGUCCUUGUGGCAAACGUAUUUCAAUACGCAAAACUUAUGAUGCAGGACCAGACUUGUGCAUUCGCAUUUCAAACUUACAUAUUAACUGUGAUUAUGCAGACAGCGGAUGCAAUGUCAUCAUAAAAGUGCGAGAUCUCAAGUCUCAUGUGGCCCAGUGUCCUUAUAAGCCUGAAUUUGAAUGUGAAGCAGGUUGUGUUCUUGAAGAAAGUGAUACUGAAGAGCAACGCCAUAACUGUAUAGAGGUGCAGAAUGAGGCCUUAAAAGAGGUUCAAAAUUCGAUCAGUGAGCUGGCAGAGAUGGAAAGCACUAUUGAGGACAACUUAAACAAGAGCGAUGCGUUAAUUGAGUUGAUGAAUAUUAAUAACCCGUCUAUCAACGACAUACUCAAUUCAAUGUAUAUCUACAAGUUGUUUAAAUCCAUCUAUAAGAAGUUAAAAUCAUUUGGUCGUCUGAAGAUUUUUCUUAUUUUGCUAUGGUUUUUUGGAAUAUUUCUCAUCUACACAAUGAUCUAGUACAGAUCUAGUAUAUCAAGUAUAUAUAGAAGCAAUUUAUGUUGCGUCUAUAUAAGGUAAUAAGUAAACUAAAUACUUAUCGUUUAAGGACUCAUUUAUUUUAAUUAUUAUAUUCAUUUUUAUAAGUAGAUGGAAAUAUAUGUAAAAGAGAGAAUAUUGUGACCCAAAA